AUGGACAACAACUCCGAGAAAGCGUUAGAAAAUGCGCAGCCACCGAAACCCCCUGCCUUCGCCGAAGGAGGAUUGAAAGCUUGGUCUGCAGUGGCCGCCUGCUGGUGUGUUAUGUUUAAUACAUUUGGCUAUAUCAACGCAUUUGGAAUAUACCAAGCAUACUAUAAGCAGACCUUUCUAAGCAAUGAAAGCGACUCGAACAUUUCUUGGAUUGGCUCCCUGCAAGUUUUCUUUAUGUUUGCCGGAGGGCUCGUGGCCGGCCCAUUGAUGGAUCGCUAUGGACCAAAGAUUAUCCUCAUCCCAUGCUCAACGCUGUUCGUCUUGUCAGUUAUGUUAACGAGCCUCUGCCGAGAGUAUUAUCAGUUUAUGCUCGCUCAGGGUGUAUUGGGUGGAUUGAUGAAUGGGCUGAGCUAUACCCCUGCGGUGACGGCUGUGAAUCAGUACUUUUUCAAGCGACGCCCUCUAGCAAUGGGUAUUGCGUCAAGUGGCUCUUCUCUUGCAGGAAUUAUAUUUCCAAUUGCUUUGAACCGAAUGCUGAACCAAUCGUCUCUUGGCUUUGGCUGGUCGGUUCGGGUGGUGGGAUUCAUCAUACUCGCCAUGAGUGUCAUCGCCUGUAUCACCAUCAGCUCGCCUGCACCACACCGGAAGUCUGGCACUUUAUUUCUCCCCAAGGCAUGGAAGAACAAAUCAUAUGCUACCCAGAACAUUGGUAUUUUCAUCAUCAUGUGGGGGGCAUUCGUUCCAUUCUUCUAUAUUCCUGGGUAUGCAAUAUCGAUAGGAAUUGGAGUCGAUUUGUCCAACUACCUUAUUGCCAUUCUCAACGCCGGCUCCCUGUUCGGCCGUUUGCUCGGCGGCGCUUUGUCCAACAAAGUCGGCCGGUCGAACAUGCUGGUGAUUUCGAGUACUGUGUGCGGAGUCCUCUUACUGUCUUGGCUGGCUAUCAAAUCCCAUGGAGGCAUGAUUGUGUUUUCCCUCCUUUUCGGUUUCUACUCUGGAAUGUUUAUUGGUCUUUUCCCCGCUCAGAUUGCCAUGACAGCUCCGCAACCGAAUAUGAUCGGCUGCUACGUAGGCAUGGCUAUGGGGUUUUUCGGAAUAGCUGGACUGACCGGAACACCCAUCACAGGUGCCAUGGUCAAUAACUAUGGGAGCUAUACCGCGUCGAUUAUCUUCGCGGGCGUCGUCUGUCUAGUAGGAUCUGCUUUACUGAUCCUGGCGCGAUACUUUGCCUCCGGUACCAAGCUAAUAGCUUAG